CUGCGAAUGUCAGUUCUCUCGCAAAGCUUAGAAUACUGUUUUUCAGAUAUCUCCACACACCCCUGCCAGCAAGCAAGAGGACGCGGGCGCGCAUACGGCGCGCGCGCGCACACACACACACACACACACUAGUGCCACGACCAUGGAUUAUUCCUAUGAAACGUGCGAGGCUCUGUUCCUGUCGCUGCUUGCCCUCUCCCUGCAAGGGCUCUGCCAGUCUAAGACUUCAGAUGACGGUGAAAAUGCCAGCGGGGACCCUGUCUUCAAUCCCGACCUGGUCAUCGCCCACUGCUUCAAGCAGUUCAAGCAGGGCUUCCACCUGCCUCGAAGCCGUCGGAGGAUCAUCAUCUUGCCUCAAAAGGAGGAUCCGGAGCCCAUCAGGCCCACGCCCCAACCCCAGGCUCCCCCACAGCCCAUCCCCAGCUGCAAAGGCCUGGAAGCCGGGGACAUCCUAGAGCAGCCAGAGGACACCAGGACCUGGCUGAGCCAGAGGUUGAAGUUUCGGCAGGACCUGGAGUCAUUUGGCAACACAGAGAGGUGGCUGCAGAACAAGUCCAGCCUCACACCUUCAGAGGCCAAGAUCUUACACAGGAUCCACGCGGAGCGUGAGGCCCAGGUGAUGGCCCACCUGCCUGCGACCAGACCAACCAAAAAGAAACGCCUCCGACCCUCCCACCGACUGGUGCCCCAGCUCCGACUGCCCAAGCCCUCCGCCCUGUCAGCUUUGUACUCCUACUUGUACAGCCACAAAAUCAAGGUCCUGGAGAUAUUUAACAAGGCCAACCGGGGCGAGAACCAUAGGAUGUCCAGGGAGGAGUUCAUUAUGGCUCUGAGGGGGGUAGGAGUCCCUCUGGGGAACCAGGAAGUAGAGGACAUUGUGAUUUAUCUCAGCUCUCUGGGGAAGGACAAUAGCAUCACCAUGGAUAUCCUGGCCAGCACCUACAAGCAAUGGUUUUUGGCCCAGCAGAAAAGGGUGCUACCAACUACAAGAGAGUAUUAUAGAUCUCCCAAGCACAGAGUUUCCUCACAGCAUCCAUCCAAGAAGCAGUUGGUGAAUUUAACCCCACAGCCUCCCAAGAUGGACCUGCUCACCGUGCCUGUGGUUGACACCCAGGAGGCAAGACCCAUGACCCUGGAGGAGAUGGAGGACAUCGGCAAGCGGUACCGAGAAAGAAAGCGGCAGUGCAAGCUCACCGUCUCCUCCAUCCAGUACACAGAGCAGUGCCGCCUGGUGCGCAGCGGGAACCAGCACUUCGACGAGCACUGCCUCCCGUCCACCGUCAGCGGGGAGAUGAAUGAGCUCAUCAACACGUUCCGCAGGGACACCUUUCUGGUCUACCUGCAGUGCCAGAAGCUCUGUGAUGACUAUGGCCUCCCGCUGACGGAGGACAUCCUCGUGAAAGCCCUGCUGUACCCGGGGGACAAGAUCAUUUUCCAGAAGGACGAGGUGCGCCCGAUCCGGCAGCCAGGAGGUUACUACUCGGACUUCAGUCCAACUCUAGUCCUGCCCAGUUCCCAGGACUUCAAAGAGCUGGUGGCUAAGAAGACUGACAAGAAACUGCCAAAGAAAAUCAAGAAAAUACACUUUAAGGAGUUUGAGGAAUUCACCAGGAAGCUGAAGGUGAUGAGGCCCAGUCGUCGGCAGCGAACCCACCCCAGUUUCUUCUGGCCGGGUCACCUCCUGGACAAGCUGCGCCUCUACCUGCCCACUGUGGCUGUGGAUCGGAGCCUGGCACUCUUCAGUUGUGUCCAACACCAGCCCCAUGCCUACUCGGCUACCUACCACCCCACCCGCGGGUGGCCCAUUAGGAACACGAACGACGUGACCUGUGCCCAUUACCGUGCUCCUAAAGUCUACUACAUCUACUAGAGUGGCCUAGAUAUUGUCAGAGCCAGCCAUGCUGGAGCUGGGGGCCAGUGCAGCCAGCCGCCCAGAGCCACAGACACGGGGAGUGUCAAAGAGCCAGACGAAAGGAAUCGUUUCAGGGGGAGGGCCUAGCGCCAGCUUUCUGAAGAGCAAAACUGCCUAGGGUCUCAGAGGCAGAUGUGUCCAGAGAAAGAGGUGCGGUUUUUGAGUGUUUCCCUGCCCUUUUGAAAUAAACCAGGUUGGAGUUUUUCUCACGACACCUAUGAUCCAGCUGAUGUGACUUCUUGCUCGGAAGCUGUGGCCAGAAGGUUGUUUGGAAAGCUGGGGUCCUGAGCCUAAGGGAUUACACCAGGCACAUUCCCUGGGAUCUCAUUGCUCAUGGGGAAGCAGCAGGCACUGUGCCCUCCUCUGUGAAACAUAUCCCUCAUCCCCCCCACACUGGGCCAUUGGGAUCACGACUUCCAAAUCUCUUGGGUCUUUUUGCAAUUGGAAGCACGCUCUUGGUUCAUAAGCCCUUUGCCUGAUUAACCUCUCUGACCCUGUCAAGACCUUUUCUUUCGUGAUCCGUCUCAGGUGGGCAGCUAUUAACACAGCGCUCCCACGCUCGCAUCCGACUCCCCACAGCCCGCACAAUAAGCAGGAUUCACGAGGUGUGGUGCAGACGCCAUGGCAUUCUAGUCUCACCUCCACUUCUUGCC